AUGGACUUGUCAAGAAAUCACGAUGGAGGGUCACAGAGAAGGAGCGUUGAUGGAAAGCUGACACUACAAGACGAGUACAAUCGCUCUCAUGGCGGCGAUUCUCAGGAGGACAAUGGAGGAACGGGCGGUAUAGACUGGGAGUUUUGGGGCUCGGUAGUGUCUGAUUACCAGACGUUUGCGUCGGAACACGGAGACAGGCUUGCGCGUGCGAUCGAGAAAGGCGUACCCGACAGUCUUCGCGGUAUGAUGUGGCAGCUAAUGUCAACUUCCAAGGACGUAGAAUUGGAAAACACAUAUAUCAAGCUUCUCAAGGAGAGCAGUCCUCAUGAGAAGGCAAUUACACGCGACCUUGGCAGAACUUUCCCUCAUCAUACAUUCUUCACGGACAAUCAGGGCAUUGGUCAAGAAAACCUCUUCAACGUACUGAAGGCGUAUUCAAUAUAUGAUCCCCAAGUAGGCUAUUGCCAGGGGCUUCCCUUUAUCGUCGCUGUCCUCCUUCUUAACAUGCCGGAUGAGGAGGCCUUCUGCUUACUUGUCAGGCUGAUGCACUCGUACGACCUUCGAGGCCACUUCCUACCUGAGAUGCCUAAGCUACAACUGCAUUUAUUCGAUCGACUUAUAGAGGAGAUGCUCCCUGUUCUCCACAUCCAUUUUUUACGUCAAGGCGUCAAGUCAAGCAUGUUCUGCUCUCAGUGGUUCUUGACGCUCUUUAGCUAUCGAUUUCCUCAUGAGAUUGUGAACCGAAUAUUUGACAAUGUCUUGGCUAGUGGCAUUGAAUCAAUAUUUGGCUUCAGUCUAGCUCUGCUGCAAAAGAACGAAGAUAAACUGCUGGAGCUCAAGUUUGACCAGAUUGUCGCGUUCCUGAACACCCAAAUCGUGGACACAUACCUCGAGCCGUCUCCCGAAGGCAGUGACUUGAAGCCGACAUACAGAGUAGAUGAUUUCGUGCAAGAUGCAAUGUCCACCAAGAUCACGUCUUUCAUGCUUGACUCGUACACCCAUGAAUACAACGAGAUGAUUCGGGUAAGAGAGGCCCACAUACUAGAGAUGGAGGCCUUGCGCACCAGCAAUCGCAAUUUGUCUUUGCAAGUUAACACAUUGGAAACCAGCCUCGCUCAACUGAAUCAAGAGCAUGUUGAUCUUCUCCAGAAUGAACUUGUUGCAGCGCGGUUACGACACGAAGAGCUCGAGGGUGAGCUGGUUCGAUACAAGUUGCUAUAUGCCGAGUCUGUGCACAAAAAUGAGGAUGCGCUUUCUGGACAUCGUAUCUCUCUGUCUGUGAGCCGACCGGCCAGCGGAAGUACUAGCCUUCGCAGCCUAAUUUCAAGAUAG